AUGGGCAAGAAUCGGCUGGCCCGAUGGGUACUGUGCGUCGGAUUGUUGAUUCUACUGUAUUUGCUGCUACGAUCUGGGGGGAAUGCGGAAACGGGUGGCACGUUAUUGGGCUGGUACCGUGAGUGUUCAAUCAUUCCCCAUACCUAUGAUAUGGAUCUCGGGAUCAGGCACGCAGAAUUCAGCCCAUCUCUGCAACAUCAUUUCGCAACACUUCCCACCAAUGGACCGUUGGCAUUGUAUCGAAUACUUGGAAUGCCGUCGGAAGGCUACGAAAUGACGGUGUACGCGUGGGAUUUCGAGUUGCCGGUCGAUAUAUUUAUUGUGUACGAUGAGGGCAGAUAUUCAUGGGUGGGCGGUACGAGCAACUCACUGCAAAAGUACAGAUACUACUAUCCACGGUACACCUCAUUCUGCUCGGCAAAUCUGCUCGGGCGCCAUUUUUUCGUGCCCUGCAAUGUUGAGGAGACCAUUCGGGUGGAUUACGGUCCAAAAUGGGCGGAGGACUGGCCGACCGAUCUCUACAGCUGGUCAUCUUCCGGGAAAAACGUCAAGAAAGCCGGAAAAUGGCCGGAACACAUGCGGAAGCAAGUGUUGCAGAUAUUUUUGGGGUCCGCGUCGACGAGUGACGAA